AUGGAACUUCAAAGACAGAAUUUAAAGACAACAUCGUCAUUUUCUUUAGGACAAUUUCACAUUUCUGAAGACUGUGGUUUUCUUCUUCCAAAACCUCUGAAAGAACUUCCAGAUCAUUAUAGGCCCUGGAUGAAAAUUGCCAGCAAACUUUCUGACUUGAUUGAGAGUCACCAGCUUCGAGCUCACGUGAACGAGAUGCCCCUCCUGAACUGCCAGUUUCUCAAGAGUUACAGGGAACAGCGCCUGGCUCACCUGGUCCUGAGCUUAAUUACCAUGGGCUAUGUCUGGCAGGAAGGAGAGGCACAGCCUGCAGAGGUUCUGCCAAGAAACCUUGCCCUUCCCUUUGUGGAAGUCUCCAGGGACUUGGGGCUCCCACCUAUUCUGGUCCAUGCAGAUUUGGUGUUGACAAAUUGGACUACAAGGAAUUCUGAAAGGCCCCUGGACAUCAGGAACUUGGACACCAUUUUCUCAUUGCCUGGGGGAGAAAGCCUGCGUGGUUUUAUACUGGUGACUGUUUUGGUAGAGAAAGCAGCCGUACCUGGGAUUAAGGCACUUGUUGAAGCAAUGAAUGCCAUGCUGCAGUCCAGCCAGGACUCCCUGCUGCAAGCCCUGCAGCGGCUGACACUCUCCAUUCAGGACAUCACCAGAACCUUAGGACAAAUGCACGAUUAUGUAGAUCCAGACAUAUUUUAUGCAGUCAUCCGGAUCUUUCUCUCUGGAUGGAAAGAUAACCCAGCAUUGCCUGUGGGAUUGAUAUAUGAAGGAGCCUCCACGAAGCCCCUGAAAUACUCUGGAGGGAGUGCAGCUCAGAGCACAGUGCUUCAUGCCUUUGAUGAGUUCUUGGGCAUUCGCCAUAGCAAGGAAAGUGGUGACUUUCUGCUCAACAUGAGGGACUACAUGCCACCUUCUCAUAAAGCCUUCAUAGAAGCCAUCCAGUCAGCUCCUUCACUGAGGGACCAUGUUCUAUCCUCCGAGAAUGGCCCACUCCUGACAGCCUAUAACCAGUGUGUGCAGGCCCUGGCAGACCUGCGCAGCUAUCACAUAACCAUGGUGACCAAAUACAUUAUCACAUCUGCAGCCAAAGCAAAAGGCAGGAAGCUAAGCCAUCUCCCAGGGCCACCUCAGGCCUUAGAAGACAGGGGCACAGGAGGAACCACAGUUCUGAGCUUUCUAAAGAGUGUCAGAAAUAAGACUUUAGAGGGAAUCCUCCCCCAAAGUGGGUAA